CGUCCGUGUCUCGUCCAAGGUCAGCCUCCGUCUUUGUGUGAGAGAAGAAAAAAAAGUUAGAGAGAGAAAAAGAAGUUAUGAUUUGCUAACACAGGAUCUAAAGCGUGUUGUUCUCUGAUAAGACUUUGCAACAUCAUGAUCUCUUAUGUUCUAUGAUCUCUUCGUUUUAGAGAGAGGAGGACCCUUAGUUAUCAACCCAAGUUUGGUGUUUGAGCUUCCUACAAUAAGUCAGAUUGAGGGGGUUCAAGAUCAUGUUUAAAACCCGCCAAAAACAUGUUUCUGACGAAACUCUUCACUCUUCUAAGAUUUGUGAGUUGUGACGACAUCUUCUGAGUAACUAGAGUGGAGGGGUAAUUUUUAUUCUUUUAGGGACGCUUUGAUAACAUAUUAAGCUCUGGGGCUGUCAGUAUAUUAGAACAAAUGUCCUUCCGCAGUAUAGUUCGAGAUGUAAGGGAUGGAUUUGGAAGCUUGUCAAGGAGGAGUUUUGAGGUAAGGCUUCCUGGCCAUCACAGGGGCAAGUCACGAAGUUCGGUUCAUGAGUUGCAGGAGCAGCCACCAGUUAUACAGAAUAGUCGAUGGGCUAGCCUUCCACCUGAGCUUCUUCGCGAUGUUAUUAAGAGAUUGGAAACAAGUGAGAGUACAUGGCCUGGCCGUAAACAUGUGGUUGCAUGUGCUGCUGUGUGCAAGGCCUGGAGAGAAAUGUGCAAAGAGAUUGUCAGCAGUCCUGAAUUCUGUGGGAAGAUUACCUUCCCCAUUUCCCUGAAGCAGCCUGGGCAUAGGGAUGGACCCAUCCAGUGUUUCAUCAAGAGAGACAAAUCUAAGCUGACAUACCACCUUUUCCUUUGCCUUAGUCCUGCCUUGCUUGUUGAAAAUGGAAAGUUUCUUCUCUCUGCAAAACGGACCAGAAGAACAACUUGCACAGAGUAUAUUAUAUCAAUGGAUGCAGAUAACAUAUCAAGAUCUAGUAGUACUUACAUUGGAAAAUUGAGGUCAAAUUUUCUUGGCACCAAGUUUAUAAUUUAUGAUACGCAGCCUCCCUACAAUAAUGCUCAGCUGUCUCCACCAGGCCGCAGCCGUAGGUUUUCCACAAAGGUUUCACCAAAGGUCCCUAGUGGCAGUUACAAUAUUGCCCAGGUCACCUACGAGUUGAAUGUCCUUGGUACUAGGGGCCCUCGAAGGAUGAACUGCACCAUGUACUCAAUUCCUGCAUCAUCCCUUGAGCCCGGUGGCACUGUCCCAGGCCAACCAGAGCUCCUUCCCCGUGCCCUUGAGGAUUCUUUCCGGAGUAUAUCCUUCUCAAAAUCAAUUGACAAUUCAACCGAGUUUAGCAGCUCAAGGUUCUCAGACAUAAUGGGAACUGGCAAUGAAGAGGAGGGAAAGGAGAGACCACUGGUUCUUAAGAACAAGUCUCCAAGAUGGCAUGAACAGCUGCAAUGUUGGUGCCUCAACUUCAGAGGAAGGGUGACUGUUGCCUCGGUCAAGAAUUUUCAGCUGAUUGCUGCAACGCAGCCUGCAGCUGUUGCUCCUGCAGGAACUGGACCUACACCUUCUCAGCCAACAACGCAGUCUGAUCACGACAAGAUUAUUCUUCAAUUUGGCAAAGUUGGCAAGGAUAUGUUUACAAUGGACUAUCGAUACCCCCUCUCUGCAUUUCAGGCUUUUGCCAUAUGCUUGACUAGCUUCGACACAAAACUGGCAUGUGAAUAGUUACAAGAGAUAUAUGUGGUAAGAAAAAUAGAAUUUUAAUUUCCAUUUUAGAUAUUCAUAGGAUGUUGCAGCUUCAUUAAGUCAUUGUUGUCUUCAUAGUUAAACUGUAAAGUUCGGAACAAUCUGUGUCCAGUGUACCUUUUUCUUUUGAACAUGUUCC